AUGCAUUGGGCGACAGUGUACAGUGAGUUGAAGAGUCUGUACGUGCAACAUGCGUGCAGGGAGUACCUGGUGAAUCUUCCCCUUUUGGAACUGUACUGUGGCUAUGGGGAUGCAAAAGUGCCCCAGUUGAACACUGUCAACAAUUUCCUAAUGGAGAAAACUGGCUUCUCCCUCAGACCUGUUGCCGGGUAUCUCUCUUCCAGAGAUUUCCUCUCUGCCCUGGCAUUCCGCGUGUUCUGCUGCACUCAAUAUAUUAGACAUGCCAGCGACCCAUUCUACACUCCAGAACCAGACUGUUGUCACGAGCUGCUUGGUCACGUGCCCAUGUUGGCAGACAGAACUUUCUGCGACUUCAGCCAGGAGAUCGGACUGGCCAGUUUGGGGGCAUCAGAUCCAGAUGUUGAGAAACUGUCUAAGCUAUACUUCUUCACCGUGGAAUUUGGUCUGUGCCGACAAGAUGGUCAGGUGAAGAUCUACGGGGCAGGACUGCUAUCUUCAGUCGGAGAACUCAAGCACUCGAUGGAGGACGUGACUAAACAGAAGGACUUUUCUCUGGAGGGGAUUCUGGACAUGAACUGUAACAUCACUUCAUUCCAAGACAACUACUUCAUUAACUCCUCAUUUACACACGCCAAACAGCAAGUCAGAAACUUUACCAACUCGAUCCAGCGUGGCUUUGAAGUGAAGUACAACCCUUACACUCGUUCAGUGGAUGUCAUGAAGACAACUAUUGACUACAUACAUGCACUCAACCAAACACAACAGGAUAUGAAUCUGCUGAUUGAGGGAAUGCAAAGACAUGCACUGAACAAUACUUCCAGCGAGAAGAGAGUUGGUGUCAAUUCUGACUCGGAUUGGACUCAAUUCAUCGAUAAUUUAUGUCCGCCCAAAACAUACAACGACAGCAACAACAACAAAAAAAACGACGAUGGACAAGCAAAUGGACUUUCGAAUGGAUCGGCAUAAUAAUGGACAAAACAAUAGGCAAAUGAUAAUACUUUGCUCGAAUUUCUGGUUUUCUCUGGGGGUGCUUUUUCAAAAACAUUCUUAAUCUAUUUUAUAAGUGGAUAAGAUUGGUUUUCUGAUUUUCUGAGUCGCAUGAUAAAUGUUAAAUAUUGAGAAUAUAUUUCGCGUUCCGUGUUUCAUUUUGGAUUCUAAAUUAGCUUAUUUCUGUAAAUUUUAGUUAAAAAUUCCACUGCGCCAAUGUAAAAGACCCUUUUUGUUAUCUAAAUGAAUUGUACACAAUUUAUAAAUAUCUGAAUAUAGCGAUACCU